GUUAAGCGGGUGACGGAUGGAUGCAGACGGAGCGAAUUGUUAAACGGAUAGGAUGCGGGUGAAGCUCCACCCGAUCCGAAUCCGACCCAUUGUCAUCCGCCCAUCCCUAGUCCCGUCUCGCGACAAUCUUCCCGCGAGUUCCCUCUUUAAUCCAUCCAAUUCCAGACCCAGCAGCAACAAAAUCGCGCUAAAACCCAGCAUACUAGAACCUCCUUUCCACACAACUUCAACAAUGUCAGAGACAGUGGAGCAAACUCCGGAACCCCUCAUUCUUCGCCUUCAACAAUCCCUUGUCUCCUGCUCCAAGGCAGUGGAAGCUGGUGAUUUUCGUCAAUCGGAAGAAGUAAUUUCUGGGAUUGUUGAGUUUCUCAGCUCAAUUUCUGAUGCUGCUGUUUCAGAUUUAGAUGAUGAAGAAACCCAGAACAAUUCAAUCGCUGUUCUCUCUCAUAUUCACUCUUUCCUUUCGAACCCUUCUCUUGAUCAGGCUAUUGUUGAUGCCCUUUCAUUUGAGUUGCCCAAAGCUAUUGCCAAGUUUGCAGGAGUGUCCGAGAGGUGCCGUGGGAUCGUUGAAAGUAUUAUUGAUCAUUUCUCGACAAAAUGUAGCCCACGGGAUAUGAUUUCAGUAUUCUCUGAGGCAUUGGAUUCCUAUGGAAAAACAACUGAUGCUCCUGGUUAUGUUUCUGCUCUUCUACACGGGGUCUCUAAAGUAUUCCUCUCCAUACAAAGACGUCAAGUUGAGCAAAUAAAAGUUGCUCUUCCGAUUAUCCUUAAUGCUGUGAAGGCUGCAUCUUUUGAUUUGGAUGAUAGAGUUACAAGCUUCAAGGAUCUGUUUGAAGGAGCUAUCAGUAUUGCCAAUUCCAUAAUAGGAACUUGCAAAAAGUUGGAGGGUGCAGCAGAAGGACAAAUCCGUGGUUUACUUGGAUUAUAUGUUUUGCAAGUCAUGACUAUAGUUUCAUUUAGCUCUGGGGAUGAAGUUUCGUCUUGUCUUUAUUUUGUGCAACUGUUAUCAAGCUUCUUUCCGUACUGUGGUUUAUCAUAUGCUGAUCUUGUAACGGGCCAAGGAGUUGAUCCACUUACCAAUCUUAUAUGUGGUGACGAAACAGACGAAUAUAUGGAUUGUUUUUGCUAUGUCAAACAUGGAGCAGUGCUUUCAGUGAUUUGGGGGCAUAUAUCUGAUGAGGUCGCUGAGGCAGCUGGGCAGGAUGUGAGUGUUCUCAAGCGUGAACUUAGAACCUCCCAAAGCAGACGAUGGUCAGCUGUAGGAAUGAUGAAGUAUAUAUUCUCUUUAGGCGAGCUGCCUUGGGUCUUAAAGAAACAUGCAUCAGACUUCUUGCUUGUCAUCACAGAAAACAGUGACCAGCAAGACAUGAAUGAAGACAUGAUAUGUUCAUUCCUUACACCAAGUCUUAUUACUACUAUGCAGGCUAUUCUGUCAGUCAUCAUGUAUGCUCCUGAUGCAGAAUUAAGAAAGACUGCUUUUGUUGCUUUGAAAAGGGUACUUGCUGAUAUUCCAGCUUCUUUAAGGCUUGACAUAAUGCAGGUCUUGGUUAAAUCUAGCACCUCUUCAUCUAUGGUAGCUAUACUUUUAGAUUGCAUUAGAGAGAACCUUCGGAUUGAUUAUCCAAAACUGCAAGAUGAGGAAGUGUCUUCUAGUUGCACUUUCUGGAAUGCUUGCAUACUAGACUUGGUGGAGUUUGUUUUGAGGCCCCCCAAUGGAGGACCUCCUUCCCUUCCGGAGCAAAGUGAUGCUGUUCUUUCAGCUCUUAACCUGUACAGAUAUGUUCUAAUAGCUGAGAAAACAGGAAAGACAAACUACACAGGAGUAUUGUCUAGAAACAAAUUAGAGAAGGUCUACAACGAGUGGCUUCUGCCUCUAAGAACUUUGGUGAUGAGCAUAAGUGCCGCAGAGAACAAGAAUGAUAACGAGCAACUUGCAAUGGACAUAAUGUGUGGAUUGAACCCUCUUCUGUUCGUUACACACCGCUGUAUUGAGCUUGUCGAAGAGAACAUUAAACAGUCAUGAUGGUUCUGGCAUCUCCUCUAAUUGGUGUCUCAAACUCAAUUUUAGUUUAACUCUUGGAUAUACCUGUGCUGCUGUUAAAGGUAUCAACACUUCCCAUGAUUGAUUUUUGAAACCUUAAGAAUUAAGAUCCUCUCUUCUAUUUCCUUUUUCUUUUUCCUUUUCCUUUUCCUUUUCCUUUUUGGAGUUUGCAUUUUCUGUGUCUUUAACUGGGCCGUAAGCCCAGCCCAGUUUCCAGACAAGUAGAAACAGUUUGUGUAUAUACAUUCAUCAAUGUUCAGAAGCACCAGACUAUUCCUUAAAAAAUACUAUACAAUUAAAAAUAUAAUUUUUGUUAGAGAUAAA